GGUUUCUGAGUUCGAGGCUAGCCUGGUCUAUAGAGUGAGUUCCAGGACAGCCAGGGCUACACAGAGAAACCCUGUCUUGAAGAAAAAAAAAGAAUGGAAAUGAGUCUCCCUUACACAUAACACUGUAUAUUUUUCUUUAUUGUGGGCCAGAUCAGCUGUUUUUUGGACAAUAUAGCAAUUAGGGUGUAAACCCCCCCCCCCCCCCGACACACACACACACACACACACACACACACACACACAACCCCCCCCCCGACACACACACACACACACACACACACACACACACACACACACACACACGGUUUCUCUGUGUAGCCCUGGCUGGACAAUAUAGCAAUUAGGGUGUAACCCCCCCCCCCCCGACACACACACACACACACACACACACACACACACACACACACACACACACACACCACACACACACACACACACACACACACACACACCCACACCCACACCCACACCCACACCCAUGCAUGCAUGCACCAUAUACAAGGAAAAAAGUUUUAAGAAAUGUGGGCUUGAUAUUUUAAUUCUUGUCUGUCACUGGGGUUCUAAGGUUCAUUUUUGAAGGAACCUUGGUUUCUAAUACAAUUUUCAAGGGGCUUGGAAAAUAGACCAUUUAAGCAAGCAUGAGACCCCAGUACUGAAAAAGAAGGGGAACAUUUUAUUUUCAACAAUUUAACCUCUGCUUGUUUAUGACAAAUGUACUUUAGAGGAGGAAGCAAAAGCGUUGUGGUAAACUUUAUUUGGGGGUUUCUACCCCACCUUAAUCAUUUAGUUCCAAAUAAAAAAGACACAAAACCUUUAUGUUUAUAAUAAGCCUUAAAGCAUUAGAACUGGGCAGAUAUCAACCCUCUGCUCUUUUGUCUACUUUCCUAUCAGUAAACACCCCCCCUCUCCAAAUACCAUUUGCAAUGUUACACCUGGGCCACUCCUACCGCCAACAGGUGGGCCUUCAUGGCUAUGCACUCAAGUUAUACUUACCCCAUGGCGCUUUCUGCCUUCUUUCUGCUCACUCCUAGUGGACUCUGUCUCAGACCCCAAGCCCAGGAACCUAAGCUUACUACUACCUCUUUUCUGCCCAGCUACAGGCUGUAGGCAUCAUUAUUCAACAAGUAGUUUUAAAGAGCAAGAUUUGCAUAACAAAAGCUGGUAUACUUGAGAAUUCACUUGUCUUGAGGCAAUGACCUUGGGAUAGAGAAUUUAGCAGUAUCUUACGUGGCAAAAGGCCAAACCUCAACACAAAAGGAUCAGGAACUCAAGUUCAUCUUUAUCUAGGUAGCAAAUUCAGGACCAUCCUUAUCCUGUCUCAAGAAACUAAAACCAAAAUAGUAAUGAGUAGCUUCUCUUUCUUAAAGAGGUAGCAGUGAUAGACCUUUCAGUUAAAGUACAGGGAAAGUUUAGGUACUGUGCUAAAACAGUAAUUUUAAAUACAAAGCUGUAUUUAUGAAGGACUUCAGUUUAGUAUGGUCUACAUAGCCUUGAAUGAACCUUAUUCUCCUGCUAGAAAGAAGGGUUUUCUGGGACUUAUACAAUUUAAAAGCAAAUUAAAACACUUGUGUCUGUCCUAAGUUGAUUGCAAAGCAAAAUGUUUUUAUGGUAGUGUAAUUAAAAAGAGAAAGCUUUCUUAUUUAGUUAGUUUUAAUUGGACAAUUCAGAAAAGCCAUCUAGAGUUGGGUAGUCCCUAGAGCAGAGGUUUGUAAGCAGAUAAUAAAUAGGUUAGCUGCUAGGAUCAUGAUAGAUGAGCAGCAACUCAGAUAUAAUCUGAAACUGUUAGUUCCUUAUCAGCACUUGUGUUAUAGAAGGUUUUCACUUGAGAAUUUUGGGGUCUUUUUUUGUUUGUUUGUUUGGUUGGUUGGUUGGUUGGUUUUUUGUUUUAAUUACUUGGUUAGCAUGAGCUGCUUAGAUUUGUUACAUAAAACCUUAUGUGUACAAGGAUCAUUGACUUAACUGACAGUAUAAAUUUGUCAAAGUCAUUCUGUGGCUUUGCAUCUUUCACAUAUUUUGUUGGUUUGGUCUUUAGACCAUUUGGCAGCUUGAACCUCUGCUGUGAUAGGAAAAGAUCUCAUAUUAAAGUGGAUCAUGGAGAGAAGUUUUGAGUUUAGCUUUUUUUUUAGUCCUCACUUUUUAUCAGUCUUAAGUUUAAAGUUUUAAGACUAUCUUUAUUCAGACUCAUUUUUUAAAAAAGUUUAUCCCUUUAAAAAUUAAUAAAAUCCAUAAUUUAAUAUCACAGCAGAAUCUGUCUUCAAGUUUUUACCUUUUCUGUUCUGCUAUCAAAGUCUAACUUUACUUUUUAUUCCUCUAGUCUUUUAGUUUUUUCUUUCUUAUAUUUAAAAAUAGUCCUAAUACUCUAAUUUCAUAUUUUUCAUGCUGUGCCUGCAGCUUUAAGUUAUGGUUUGAGUAGUAAUCUUUUGGCUUGGGGUUGGGAAGAUGAAUUUUUUUUAACAUAAAAAGUAAUAUUAGAUGUGUUAUAAAUGUGAGAAGACAGCUUGUGGAAAUAAAUCCUUGGGAAAGCACUUAGAUUGAAUCAUUGAACUCUGAAAUGGAUUUACUGGAAAGUUGGUGCUACUAUUUUUCUAGGCACUCUACUUGUGACAGUUAAGUGUAGAUUGAGCCCAGGGCUCAGCACAUUAGAGACUUACUUAAGGAAGAAAUCAUUUCUUCAAUUUUUCCUCUGCAGUGGUGGUGACCGCGGUGGCUUCAAAAAUUUUGGUGGUCACAGGGAUUAUGGACCCAGACCAGAUGCUGAUGCCAAAGUAUUCUAUAUGGAUGGCAAUUUCUGAAUUAUCCCUUGAUGGACUGAAUUUUUAUACAACUUUCUUACUUUGUUGUACUAAUCCAAAAGUGUGCGUGUAAGAUUCAGAGUCUGAUAAUUCAGAUAACAACACAAUCUUUGUGCAAGGACUUGGGGAGGGUGUGUCUACAGAUCAAGUGGGAGAGUUCUUUAAGCAAAUAGGAAUUAUCAAGACUAACAAAAAGACUGGAAAACCAAUGAUAAAUCUUUACACAGACAAAGACACAGGAAAGCCAAAAGGGGAAGCAACAGUGUCAUUUGAUGACCCUCCAUCAGCUAAGGCAGCCAUUGAUUGGUUUGAUGGAAAAGAAUUCCAUGGAAACAUCAUAAAAGUGUCAUUUGCCACUAGAAGGCCUGAAUUUAUGAGAGGUGGUGGAAGUGGAGGUGGACGCCGAGGCCGUGGAGGAUAUAGAGGCCGUGGAGGUUUUCAGGGGCGAGGUGGAGACCCCAAGAAUGGGGACUGGGUUUGCCCUAAUCCGUCAUGUGGAAAUAUGAACUUUGCUCGAAGAAACUCCUGUAAUCAGUGCAAUGAGCCUAGACCAGAGGACUCACGUCCCUCAGGGGGAGAUUUCCGGGGGAGAGGCUAUGGUGGAGAAAGGGGCUACAGAGGUCGUGGGGGCAGAGGUGGAGACCGAGGUGGCUAUGGUGGAGACAGAAGUGGGGGAGGUUAUGGUGGAGACAGGAGUGGGGGUGGCUAUGGUGGGGAUAGAGGAGGUAGCUAUGGAGGAGACAGAGGUGGUUAUGGUGGGGACCGAGGAGGCAGCUAUGGAGGAGACCGAGGUGGCUACGGAGGAGACAGAGGUGGCUAUGGAGGAGACAGAGGUGGCUAUGGAGGUGAUCGAGGAGGCUAUGGAGGUGAUCGAGGUGGAUAUGGAGGAGACCGCAGCCGGGGGGCCUAUGGAGGAGACCGUGGUGGUAGUGGUAGUGGCAGUGGAGGCUACGGUGGAGACAGAAGUGGAGGCUACGGUGGAGACCGAAGUGGUGGCUACGGAGGAGACCGAGGUGGCUAUGGAGGCAAAAUGGGAGGAAGAAACGACUACAGAAAUGAUCAGCGCAACCGACCAUACUGAUGACUGUUUCAGAUACUCCUUUGUCUCUGACAUGAUCCGUGGGGAAUUGUCAGAGUGUGCCUGCUGCUUUCCUCAUGGCCUCUUGGGUAGUGAAAUUGACAUUUGGGUUUUUAUUUGGGUGGGAGGGUUGGGGGCAGUUUUCUUUUUAGAAAUGUCCAUUAAAAAAAUCCCCUUUUAUUUUCCCACCUUUUCUUUCCUAACCCUUAAAGCUAAGUGCGUUGUAAAAUAUUGCCAAAAUGGAAAGUGUUUUGUAAUACUGCAAUAAAAGCUGCUUGUUUUUUGUGGA